GAGGAAGAGGAGGGGGGAGGAGGGUGACUAGGGGACUCCAGAUUUCGUAAUCUCUCCAGCAUGGUGACGCUGCUGCUGCUGCUGCAAACUCCUUCGUUCCGUUUGGACUUGUAGCAGAGAUAUGCAUCUCUUUAACACUUCUAUAAUCACAACAAGUUAUUGAGCAACUAACAGAGAGACAGACAUGUCCGCUCAAGGAUUGUUAAGCAGCGUUUUCUCCUGCUCGCUAAGCCCCAAAACUAUCUCCAAGCGCAGACUGAGACAGACCAGGAGCUUGGACCCGGCGUUGAUGAGACAUUAUGGGACAGAAAAAGCUGAGGAGACGUCCUAUAAUGAUAAGGGUGACUUCACCUGGAGCAGCGUGUCAGGGCGUAGCGUUGGCCUGAAGUCCGUCCCUCUGCAAAGCCUCUCAGAGUUGGAGAGGGUUCGUCUCCAGAACGUGGCCUUCGCGCGACUGCUUCGGGAUCGCGACCUUGGCUGCCACAUCGCCAUCCCUAAAUAUGGACACAAACACAAGAAGCUCCUUCGGCGGAAGUUGGAUUCAUUAUCUAAAGAAAAAAGUAAAGACAAAGAGACGAUGCCCCAGGCGUUUGGCAUACCGCUGUCGCAGGUCAUAUCCAACGACCGCACACACAAGCAGCGGCACGAUCCCCCGCGGGAGGAGCACAGUGACCCCACAGAGUUGAUGCUUUCCUUCCUUCACCUCAACUCCAGCUUCAGAAGGGGCAACAGCAAAGAGCUCUCCAGCAGCAACUCUUCACUUAGCUCCAAUUCUGAGACCCCUAAUGAAUCACCUCUGCUCAGCACGCCCGACACAGCCCCACGGACACGCAGGAGGGGCGGAGUAUCUGUGGAUUGCAUCACCGAUCUUGACGAUAACCAGUCUCGGCUCUUGGAGGCCCUUCAGCUCUCUCUGCCGGUGGAGGCAGCUGGCAACAGGAAGAAGCACCACGACAAAAAGCUCAGCCUUAACCCUAUUUACAGGCAGAUGCCCCGGGUGGUGGAUCUCUGCUGCCAGCACCUGGAAAAAUACGGUUUACAGACGGUGGGAAUUUUCCGUAUCGGGAGUUCCAAGAAGAGAGUACGACAGCUUCGCAAGGACUUUGACCAGGGAUGGGAGGUACAUUUGGACGAGGAGCACAGUGUCCAUGAUGUAGGCGCGUUGCUAAAAGAGUUCCUCAGAGACAUGCCUGACCCGCUGCUAACAAGAGAGCUCUACACGGCCUUCAUCAACACAAUGUUGCUGGAUUAUUCAGAGCAAGAGAGCGCCAUCCAGCUCCUGAUAUUUCUGCUGCCUCCCUGUAACAGCGACACGCUGCAGCGCCUCCUCUGCUUGUUGUCCACAGUGGCUGCACAUGCCGAAGACAGCUUGGACAUUGAUGGACAGGAGAUCACAGGAAACAAGAUGACGCCGCUCAAUUUAGCCACCAUCUUCGGGCCCAACCUCUUGCACAAGCAGAAAAACUCAGACAAGGAGUUUGCGGUCCAGAGUUUUGCUCGUGCGGAGGAGAGCACCGCCAUCAUCGGCGUGCUCCAAAGGAUGAUCGAUACAUACGAUACGCUAUUUAUGGUUCCUGCUGACCUGCAGAAUGAGGUGCUGAUGAGUGUGCAAGAAACGGAUCCCGAUGUCGUGGAUUACUUACUGCGGAGGAAGGCCUCUCAGCACUCCGAGCCAAGCCUCCUCAGAGCAGGAGAGCCCUUCUGUCUGACUGAGAGAUGCUUAUCCAACGACUCCAUCAAAGCAUCUAGUGGAGAGGUGUCUCCCUAUGACAACAACUCUCCUGUCCUGUCAGAUCGACUGCUGUGUAAAUAUCCAGAGGACAGCAGUCCCAUCUCGGAUGGGAUCUCCAGACUCUCCGGGCAGUACAAACUCAGCGGCCGUUCUAAAGACGGAUCGGGCAGCACCUCUCCUACACUUUCUACGGAUAAAGAGGCCUCAACUGAUAAUUUCUGGGACACCUGGCAUGGACUGUUCAGCAAGGACUUUACUGGCCAUCAUAUCACUGGCUCCCUCGGAGACGUGUCGGAAUGUGAGUCAUAUGGCUCUUCGGAGGGGCUGAGCAGUCACCAAGGUAACAACAAGCUGCCUGUCAGACCAACACAAACCUCAUUGGGCGUGCUGGAAAUCAGGCCACACCCCCCGGUGACUCGCAGCAGCAGUGGUCCUCACGACCAGAGAGGACCUCAAUCAUCAUUACAUCAGGGAUUGAGCGGCCAAUCAGGAGCCCUCAGCUCAGGCAACUUAGCAGAAAGGACAGGACAGCAUGCACGUCCUUUGCUUAAGGUCAGAACGGACGAUUUGUCUGCCCUUCACUGCUCUGGACAGCUGAGGGAGACCCAUAUUUCUUACUCCACGCCCUCCCUCUUCACGUAUCAGCCCGACUCACAAACCCCACAGCUGUCCCAGCAAAGCCCUGCCACCCAGACUGUAGAUACUGCAGACGCCUCCGGACCUGGGACAGAAAAGGGUCCUGGUACACCCAACUGGCAGACGGAGAGGUGGCAUAUAUGGCAUAUACUGUCAAAAGAAAAUGCAGACGCCCUGCCUGAAACCUUGGUGUGAUGCACCCUUUGACUUUGUUGAACUAUACUGAAGACUUUAAGAGAAAGAGGCCAUUCUCCUGUCACAUCAUCAGUUGCUGAAAUGCUACCGUCCGUCCGUAUAAUGCAGUAUUAGUUAAUGUUUCUCAUGACGGGACUUAACACAAAACACCAUCUUAGAUGUGAUCUUAUUUAACAGGGUUUUCUAACUGUAUAUAUACAAUAAUGUUGCAUAUUUAAACAUGAUAUAAAUAAUAUUUUGUUGUAGUUUACUUUAAUGUGUUGUAGUCAUUAACAUAUUUGCAACACAACCAUCAAAAUGUUUUAUUUGGACGACAUGAAUGUUUUUUUUUAAGCUCAAUGUAAAAAUAUAAAUCCGGUUUAUGUUCUAAUAUUGCUCUAAAUGUGUACUGUAGUGCCUUGAUAUGUACUAAGGCUACGUUAACAUCGCGUUUUGUUACAGGCUCCAAUUAUAAUCUAUUUGUGAGUUCAUACUUCAUCUUCUAAACUGUAGACAUAUCGUACGUGUAGGAAAACGGCAGCAUGAAUUAGAAUCAGUUCUGUGGUGUGAAAUGAGACAAUUUAAAUGUAACAAAAGU